ACCUCCACGUCGAAUAAUUAUAAACUCAUCCCUACUAAACCACCGCCACCAUCACCGUAUCUAACUUUCCUCUCCCCCUUCCCCUGCGAAGCAAAACAACUCAAGGCAAUCGAUGUCCCGCAUGCUAACAUAACUUUCAAUCCCACAAAAAGACAAUUCACCACGACAAUUGCCCCACUCACUCAAUGUCACUCCUCGGCAUCCUCCAAGCCCAAGCUCCCCCAAAGCAAGACGCCACAUCGACCAUCCAAACACUAUGCCUGCGCUUGUCUACAAGCACGCUCCUCGAGGAUCGGCGCGCCGCGAUAAUGGGCCUGAGGAGCUUCGCUCGGGAGUACAAGGAAACAGUAGCAUCCGGGGGUUUACGGGGGCUCAUUAGUACACUAUCGAAAGAUUCGGAGGAUGUAGAUACCAUCAAGGUUGUGCUUGAGACGUUGUUGCUGUUAUUUGUUAAGGAUGAGUCGAAUUCGGAAUCGAGUGAGGAUAUUGCGCUAUGGCUUACGGAUGAGUUUACUCAGAAACAAGAGAACAUCACGGUUCUUAUUGAGCUGGUCCAGGAUUCCGACUUUUACAUCAGGCUUUAUGCGCUGCAGUUGCUUGUUGCGAUAUUGAAUAAUCGGCCGUCCAGAACACAGGAGUGUAUUCUCACUGCUCCCCUUGGGAUCUCGAGAUUAGUUUCUGCACUUGACGAUAAGCGAGAUGCUAUUCGUAAUGAGGGCAUACUCCUAAUAAUAAACCUCUCGAACGGCCACACGGACAUACAGAAACUAAUCGCUUUCGAAAACGCCUUUGAGCGGAUGUUCUCGAUAAUAGAGCUGGAAGGCGGCGUCGACGGAGGCAUCAUAGUCCAGGAUUGCCUUCAAUUACUAAACAAUCUACUAUCGUUCAACGUUUCGAACCAGAGCUACUUUAGAGAAACGGGAUGCGUUCCCCGGUUAGCGAAGCUCUUCCAGUUCGCGCAGGAGCCGGUGCCGUCCUACGCCAAGGGACAGAGUGAUACGAAUAUUGAGUAUGCAAUGAGAGUGUGUAGGUUGUUUGUGGUGCCGGGCGGAUUGGGCGCCGCGGCGAAUCAGAAUGCGUUUUUCGGCGCGGGAAUAUUGCAUCUUAUGCUAGUUAUUGCAUUUUCUGGGUUUAGUGAUUUCCCGGUUCGCGCGGAGGCGUUGAGGACAGUCGCGGACCUCAUUCAUGAGAACUCACUGCUUCAGGAGAACUUUGCUCAGAUGAAGGUCCAGUACCUAGACCCUACGAUAUUACCGGAGGUGCAGGCGCAACAGAAUAAUCCCGAUGAUUUGUGUUACGUCAUUGAGGGGUUGUUGGACCUUGCAUUGUUGAAUUCUUCGAUUCAUGCUUUUGAUGCUAGGUUGGCGGCGUGUCGGUGCUUGGAGUCGUACUUCGCUGGGAAUCAACCCGUUCGAUUGCACUUCCUCAACCAUGCUAUUAAUCUGCACGCACAAGGGGAUGAGUCUGCGAAUGUGCUUACCUGCUUGAUUAACCUUGACCAAGACUCCCGGGGCGAUCCGUAUAGGGUAUGGCUGGCGAGUGUGAUAUUCUUGCACCUGAUAUAUAGCGAUGAGGAGGCGAAGAACCUGGCGACAUCUUUCAAAGAGGGAGACGCGGAUGCUGGCGAAGAGGUUGUCACAGUGAUUCAGAGUAUAUCCGCGAAUCUCGUCGCUGCGUUGGAACAUAACUAUGAUCCACGGAUUAUCAUUGGGUAUUUGAUGUUGCUAUGCACGUGGCUGUUCGAAGAUUCGCCGGCCGUGGAUGACUUCUUGAAUGAAGCUUCAAGUGUGCAGUCACUUGUGUCUACUGUCAAGCAGUCUAGUAACUCGAAUGUACUGAUCCAGGGGCUCUGCGCGUUUUUCUUGGGGAUACUAUAUGAGUUUAGUCACAAGGAUUCGCCGCUCCCUAGGGCUACUCUACACCCAAUCUUGGCGAGUCGAAUGGGGCGCGAUCACUACGUAAAUAAAGUCACCAAGCUCCGAGAGAAUCCACAAGUUCGGGACUUUGAAGUAUUCCGGGAAACCAACCGCCGGAAGAGAAAAAUAGGCUUGCCGGAAGUGUAUUUUGACCACACAUUCAUUGACUUUUUGAAGGACAAUUACAGCCGAGUAUUAAGAGCUAUUGACAAAGAUCCUGGACUGGAGACGCACAAUACUAUCAACGGCAUCCCCCACGCCCUCAAUGGAAUCUCUGUCGAACUCGUGGACUCCUUAAAAGCCCAACUCGAAGAUAAAGACGAAGAACUACAAAAACUACAGACAACAUGCUUAACGCUGGAGCAGAAAAUAACCCAAGAACAGCACGAAUCCCAACGUACAAAAGAAGCCGCAGCAGCGGAGGUGCAAAAAGCAAACGCGGCAACUGAAGCCCUCCGCCUACAGUACGACGUAGAAUUACGGGCCACCGCACAGAAGGCGAGAUCAGAAAUAAACGGGUUGGAGGGUCAGAUUCAGAGGACCCGCUGGGAAGCUAGUGAAGCUGCAAGGAAAGCCAAAGAAUAUGGAGAUAGUGAGGUUGCAGGCUUGCGCAGGAGGGUGGCAGAAUCGGAAGCCGCGACUGAGAAAGAGAAGGCAGAGCGGGCAGGCGAAGUACAAAGGGCGAAGGCAGAGGGCGAGAAGGCCAUCGAAGAAGUAACCUCAAGACUACACUCCGCAGAGAAAGAAGCACUAUUCGCCCACGAGAGCCUACGCAAAUCCGAAGAACACGCCAGAGAAUCCGACCAACGCCUAAAAACAUCCGAAGAAGCCCUCAAAGCAGCAAACGAGCGCAUAGCCAGCCUAGAAGAAGGCUCCCGCCGCCAAAAAUCCGAAGCCACCAUCCUCCAAGAAGCCCUAACAGCUGCACAAUCCCGUCUCGAAGAAUGCACGAAGCAACAAGCCGCCUCCGAAGCACAGAUCAAAGACCUAGAAACAACUCUCAGAGCCCUCGAAGCAUCACUAAUAAAGGAACAAUCCACGCACGUGCGCAUCCUCCAUGAAGCCCAGGAAUCCGCCGCCGCCCUAGAAGUCCGCGUCAAGGAGCUUGAUGCGCGGCUCAGCGAUGCGGAGCAUGCGCGCAAGGAAGCGGACGAGGCGGCAAAGCAGAGCGCCGCCGAGCUGGAUGACUUGUUUAUCGUGCUGGGAGAUUUGGAGGAGAAGAGGGAGGGGGAUAAGGUAUUUUUUCCAUUCGCCGUUUGUGAGAUAUAUAGCGGCUAA